UUUUACUUAUUCUACAGAAAAUAAUUAUUUAAUACUCUCCUUUUAGAUAUCAAACACGUACGUAUUACUGUGUAAAAUAUUCUAUACUCUGUAUGGAGACAAAGCACAUUACUGAACAUGACAGUAUAUUUAGUGUUAAUAUACAAUAAGAACAGAAAAUAUGAAUGAAAUACACUUUUAUGAAAUUAAAUCUCUGAAUGGUGAAUCCUAAAAAAAGUACAAUGCUAAACAAACGUCAUGGUUAAAUAAAAAUUAAAAAAACAUGGAGGUACAAGAGGAUUGUACGAUUCGAAGACAGCCAAUUCGUCGCUACCAAAAUGAUUACAAACCUGAUGGACAUACGUCAACUUCAAUGAUGGUCAAUCAACCGCAGUAUUUAAACGUAGGGAGACCUGCUGUUCGAAUAGCUGUGUACUUAAUGACCGGAAUAUUUCUAACAAUGGAUAUCGAACAGAAUUUCACUGCGCAACAGAUUCUCACAAUAAUACAAACCGAAGGAGAGCUUGGAUUAUCAAGGGCUCCUCUACUUACUGGACAAACAGUGUUCGCUUUGUGGCUGUGCUCUUCGAGGCUAGAAGUUCAGUUACGCUCGAGCCACAAACCUAUAGAGUUAGCUACAAAGUGGAACCGCUUAGUGAGAAAGUAUAGUUCUCAUAUAGAAGAUACCGACGAGGAACCUUUACUGUGCCUCAGGAGGAAUGUAUUUGUCUCUCGAUCGGACGAAGAACAAAUAAAAGAAGCUAAAGUGUUGGAAUUACUAUACGCAGAAGCUAGAAAUAAUGUGCUGCAGGGACGCUAUCCGUGCGAAGGUCAAGCACGAUAUGCUAGCUUAGGAGCACUGCAAGCACGCAUCGAACUCGGCCCGUACAAUCCCCAAAGCCAUACACUAGCAUUCUUCAGAAGACAUCGUGGUCGAUUUCUACCACAUCACUAUACUUCUCCCAGUUUGCUGUUGGGGCUAGGUCUUGGAUUAGGGUUGGUAGGAGGCAAAGGUGCACCAGAGGCACGCCUUCUCGAACAGUACAAGCGAAUACCUAAUCACACAGGAACCAACACGAACUCGAGAAAACUGAUCAGAAAAUACUUGGAGUUCUGUUGGAGUUUACCGUGUUACGGUGCAGCGUUCUUUCAAGGUCAAAUCGAGCGUCCCGUGAGAGGCCUAGCGUCGUGGAUCACGAACCGUGAUAUGCAUGUGCUCAUAGCUAUAAAUUCAUCAGGAAUUUAUAUCGUCGACGACAUGCAAUGCAGUUUAUUAUUGGGAUUGAGAUAUUCGGAACUGAGUUGGGAAAUGGCAAAGCCUUCCGACGAAGGUAACCUAGAUUGCCUGCCUUGUCUAUUCUUACAGUUUCCUGUACGAGAGAAUGGAGCACGAGUUUACAAAAUUCUACAAGUAUUCUCAAGACAAGCAAUAAUGAUGGAUACGUUAAUUUCUGGUUUUGCCGAGGAGUAUCGUCGUCAUGGGGCUAAUGGCGAUGUUGCAAAUAUCGAACGUCUGACGGAUCAUUCGAUAGGUUGCAAUACCGGGAAUUUCACUAACAAGCUUAGUAAAUUUACAUUGGCCACCUUCGAUGACGAAGGUCGAUGUAUCGGACAAAUGGGCUCUUGGUCUUUUCAAUAAAUGUAUUUAUUUGAAUUUCGUAUAUAUUCCAUCGUGCGACCUUGUUUUAAUACUCGAAGCAAUCGGUUUCUUACUUGUUUGCAUUCAUCUCGAAUUGGUUUGGAGUAAUGCGA